AAAAGACGAAGACCGCAUGCUAUGGUUGUUCGGAGAAUUUUCGAAUUCACGAUCUUAAAGUCAUAUGAUUCACAGCAAAUAUAGCAACAAAUAUCUCAAUUGGUAUUUUCCAAAGCCACGAAACGUGCAUUGAGUUUGGAGCGAUAUCUGAAGUGAAGAUUGAAGACGUGAUAGAAGAUGGACGACUACUGCUAUGCUAAGAUGGCGACGUCCGCUAAAAGAGAACAUGAAAGAGAAUCAGCGCCACCAACGGAGAUAAAGAUGAAAACCGAAGAUGAAGACGUCCAGCAGCUGAUCGGUAAUCCAGAAGAAGUUUCCCCUCAGUUAGGGGGGAGCUCCACUUUGAAGCAGGAGACUCCACAACCACCCUGCAUUAAAAAGGAAGAGGAGGAACUCUGCAUCACUCAGGAGGGAGAGUGUCUUCUAGGACGAGAGGAAGCUGAUUACACCAAGUUUCCACUGAGUAUUCUCUCUGUGAAGACUGAAGAUGAUGAAGAGAAACCACAAGUAGACAACUUCUUAGCUCCACUAUCACAUAGUGAGGCGAAAGACAAGGUUGAAGAACCUAUGAGUAGGAAAACCGACUGUAAAGAACUUCCCCUUCAGCCUAAGGAGGGCAGCUCCACUUUGAAGCAGGAGGCUUCACAGCCACCUCACAUUAAAAAGGAAGAGGAGGAACUCUGCAUCACUCAGGAGGGAGAGUGUCUUCUAGGACGAGAGGAAGCUGAUUACACCAAGUUUCCACUGAGUAUUCUCUCUGUGAAGACUGAAGAUGAUGAAGAGAAACCACAACUAGACAACCUCUUAGCUCCACUAUCAGAUAGUGAGGCUGAAGACGAGGUUGAAGAAACUCUGAGCAGCGAUACAGACUGUGAAGGUGAUAUGAGGACUCACACUGACAACAAACACUCUGAAUGCUCUUCACAGAAGAGAGGUGAAACAUAUCUAAGUUGCUCAAUUUGUGGCAAAAGCUUUUCUCGAAAUAUCAAUUUGACUCACCACAUGAGAACACACACAGGUGAAAAACCAUUUAUUUGUUCAGUUUGUGGCAAAAGCUUUUCUGUUAAGAGAAAUUUGACUCAACACAUGAGAACACACACAGGUGAAAAACCAUUUAGUUGUUCAAUUUGUGGCAAAAGCUUUUCUGUUAAGAGAAAUUUAAAUGAACACAUGAGGACACACACAGGUGAAAAACCAUUUAAGUGUUCAGUUUGUGGCUCAAGAUUUUCUGUUAAGAGGAAUUUGACUCAACACAUGAGAACACACACAGGUGAAAAACCAUUUAGUUGUUCAGUUUGUGGCAAACGCUUUUCUGUUGAGAGAAAUUUGAUUGAACACAUGAGAACACACACAGGUGAAAAACCAUAUAAGUGUUCAGUUUGUGGCAAAAGCUUUUCUGUUAAGAACUUGUUGACUCGACACUUGAGAACACACACAGGUGAAAAACCAUUUAGUUGUUCAGUUUGUGGCAAAAGCUUUUCUCAAAAUAGCCAUGUGACUCAACACAUGAGAACACACACAGUUGUUCAGUGUGCUGUAAAAGGUUCCCACAUAAUGCAGACACAGUAAAACACAUGAGAACACACAAGGGAAAAUAACCAAUUAGCUGUUUAGGUUGUGGUAUGUUGCUCAUAUGCAGUGUUGGGACUAAAACGCGUUACUGUAACGCCGUUUUUUUCGGCUGUAACUAGUAGUCUAACGCGCAAUUUUUUAUAUUCAGUAACUCUGUUACCGUUACUACAUAAUGUGUUACUGCGUUAUUUUAUGUUAUUUUUUAUGUAGUAUCGGCUAGAAACUGAGAAGAUCUGAGUGUGUUUUUUUGGAGCGCUGCAGUGU